AUGGAUGAGAAAACUCAUAACGGAAUUCAUAGUCCCCUUCAAACAUCAGAGAAUAAUAACUCCAUGCGGCACAACGGGAAAGAUGAUAAUGCUGCCUCAAUUUCGUCCGAUCUUGGUGGUUACGGUAUGGGAUGUCAUAUGUCUAUUAUGGACAUACUACAUAAAUCGACCUCCAAGGACAAAUCUUCUGGACCAGACUGCAUAUUUGACAAAAAUGUUGAAACUUCUUGGUGGCAAGAUCAUAGAAAUGGAGGAGAACGUGCUUGCUCGCCCAACCACAGUAAACUUCACAUUUUCAGUUCGGAAAAAGAGGGUUCAGAGAUAUUUUUUCGGGGCAGCAAUUCGUUGCGGGACAGCAAAAGGGAAACAGAUGAAAGGACAGAUAUACGAAGCGAACAGACUAAUGGCAACGACAAGAAGGCAAAUGAUGCCAACAUUGUUUUCGAGUGUUCUAACCGCGAAAAAGUUAGAGAACUGCAAGCAUGCUUGGGGGAAUUGUUCCGAGACAGUACCUUGGAAUGCUCUACGUGGACAAAGAAAACCAAAGAAAUGCCGUGUUUUCUUGUACUCCCAGACGAUGGAUCUGAGAGUGAAGACGAUUCCUCUGUAUGCCCAGUGUCAGAUGAUACAGAAGUCGAUAAAACAUCAUGUAUCGAUACUAAUUCUCCCAUUUUAGUUGAAAGAUUAAGUGAUCCCGAUGGUUGCCGCGUGGCAGAGUCUCUUUACCUUGAUCUCCAUGUUGACACUCCUGAAAAUACUAUGAAAGAGCUUCAGUUGUAUGUAAUGGAUGUUAAACAGUUUGGCUUUAAUCAUAUUAUUGUUAUCGGAAAACGUUAUCUUGGAAUGCUUUUUAUGGAUUGCUUCAGUCGCGUGUUUGACUGGAAUUCAGACAGUCAUGCAUUAUGGCAUCUUGGUGAUUAUUUCGAAAUUAUGGAAUCUGAAAUGACCUAUGACGAUCAGACGGCAUGGGAUGUUUUAGAGGAUGGAACUGUGUUUGUGCUGCAUAAAUAUGUACCAGGAGAAUUUGACAUUACCCCAUUUGUGAACGAAAUGAAAAAGAAGAAACAAAUGGAGAAAAAGAAGAAAAAAAUGGAAAAGAUGAGAAAAUUGAGAAAAAGGAAGAAAAAUAACAGGCAUUAUCAAUUUUACUGA